UUGACACUCUUGACACUCUUUGACUCUCUCUUAACUAUUUUUUUACCCUUCUAUCAUUUGGGGGCUCUCUAAACAGUCAUUCAAGCAUAGCAGACUUUAUAAUAUAACAUACGCAACAAGCACUCAAGAUGCAUAUUCAGGACACAACCAUCGUUAAACCCCCAACAUUCAAUCAACCCGAUAUCGAACUUGACUCGACAGCUCACACAACAAUCACAAUCACUACCAACCCCCACCCCUCGGACAAUAGUACAACGACCCCGCAACAAACUAAACCCCGCCCGCUUUACUUUGCCUACGGAUCCAACCUCUCCUUCACACAAAUGCGUCUCCGCUGCACAUGCGACCCUGAUCUCUCAUCUAAGCCGGUCGCCAUCGCCCGCUUAGAUCAUUGGCGCUGGUUGAUCUGCCAAGCUGGCUAUGCGAAUGUGAUACCACCCGCUGAGUUACGUGUUGGCCGGGAAGCGGAUGAGGGUGAAGACGUACCUGUUUCUGGGGAUGACGAUGCGGUUUAUGGGGUCUUGUAUGAGAUGGACAUCGAGGAUGAGCGGUUGCUUGAUGGCUACGAGGGUAUUGACCGGUCGGCGCUGCCGUCGCGGGCUACGCAUAAGGUUCCGGCGCAUAUUCGACCGACGGAACAAGGCCAUGGGGACUAUAAUAAGUGGUAUGUUCCGGCUACGGUGACGGUGUGGUUGGAUGAGGAACAGAAGAAACGGAGGGAGCGUGGAGUUAUCGAGACCUUAGUUUACGUGGACGAGGAGAGGGUGCGGGUAGGUCCCCCGAGAGACGAGUACAUCCCGCGGAUGAACCGUGCGAUCCGCGAGGCGGAAUCUUUAGGAUUCCCUAAGAAGUGGGCAGAUGAGGUAAUGAGAAAGUCGAUCCCUUUGAAUUAGGCUGUCAUUGGUUUUACCUUGCAUAGAUAAUGUUUCGUGGUGAUGUUUGCAACUAGACAAGAGUUGAUGACUGAAUGAUUACAAUGGUACAACUU